AUGUCCCGUCGAACUCGAAUACCUAAUACUACUGAUUUUCUGUGCCUUUUCGCGGUAUCUUUUGAAACUCUUGGGUUCUCCUGCAAACUGCUUACGCGCGAGCAGUCUCAGUUCAUUUUGGAUGCAACCUCAACGGAGGAGAUGACCAAUCAACUAAAAGAUACGCUCGAAAACUUCCAAGGAGAGACGAAGGCUUUAAUAAUCAACGGAAGGAGCGUGGACUUUGCCCUAGCACCCGAAUGUAGGAAGGAUUUUCUGAAGAUAGCCAUGUCGUGUGAGUCGGUGAUUUGUUGUCGGUAA